GGCAUCAGAUUCUCUCUUCAGAGACCUCUACAGCACACAGACCAAAACAUGGCUCCUACAAUCACUGCAGCGUGGACAAACUCUCACGAUCACCUGGCUCUGAACCACAAGCUCAGGAAGCCUCUGGUGGAGAAGCUACGCAGAGAGAGGAUCAACAGCAGCAUCGAGCAGCUCAAGUCUCUCCUGGGUCCAGAGUUCCUCAAACAGCAGCCAGACUCCAAGCUGGAGAAAGCAGACAUCCUGGAGAUGACAGUCUGCUUCCUGAAGGAGCUGCUGCAGCAGCACCAGCAGCAGAGGAGGCUGCUGGAGCACCUCGACGAGCUGCAGACGUCCUCUGAACAGAAGCUGAGAGAGGCUGGCUCCUCUCCUCUGAGCCCAGCGGUCCAGACCAGCAUCACCAAAGACCAGAAUCCAGAGAAAACUCUGUGGAGRCCCUGGUGACUGGACUGACUUCCACUCCGACUGAAAAGAUCAUAUUGGUCUGAAGAAACUGAACUGUUUAUCUUUUUUACCCCCUACGUUUUAUUUUCUGAACUUAUGAUGUUUGUUUGUACAGAAACAGUUUUUUUUUCUUUUUCAAAAGAUACGUUUCCAGGAAAUGAUUAUUUGAGUUAUUGAUGCAUGCUGCAUGACACUUGUUUGCAUUGGCAAAUAUUGUUUCUUCCUGUACAUCAACUUUUGUUGAGGUAACUUUUAUUAUUGAUCUAUGUGAUCAGAAAACAUUCUGUUUUUCACAAAAAACAGUGUUUUAUUGGACGUUUAAUCUGUUUUGAUUGCAACAAACUGAUCUGUUCUAAGAUCAACAAGUUUCUCCUUUCAUUCUGAAAGGUGCGAGUCAAACUGGUUGGUUUUAUUUCAUCCUYGAUCAGUUUUGAUCCAAAAUGUUCAUUUAUUUUGGACAUUUUUUUAAAAGAAUCACUUUAUGGGAUUUGUAAAAGAUGAUCUGUUUAAAGAUCUGCAUGUUUAUUAAAAUGUUUGUCAGUUUUAAUCUGACAAAAGUUACACAAGUUAAUCUCUAAAUGWAUUUAGAGUUUGGAAAGAAUUAUUUGAUCUGUUCCAAGGUCAGUCAGAAGAUUUGUUUUUGUUGUUCAAAAGGUGUAAAUUUUAUUUUUACACGUGUUGAAAUAAAUGUCAAAGGAAGUACUGUUUCAGGUACUGUCAGCUGUUUGUCUUUUAUAAAGACCAAGUUAUUCCAGUGUAUCUGAGUACACUGUAUCUUGUAAAAAAACUACAAGUUGUUUGAUGAAUCAUCACCAUGAUCUGAUUGUGUUUGUCUGUUUGAAAAUAAACACAAAACAUAAAAAUAA